AUGAAUUUCCGUAUCCUUCGUAAUGCAAGAGUUCGGCGCGAUAUAAAAACUCGAGAAACUGUUGCAGCUACUGAAUUGAUUCGACAAGCCUAUCGUUACAUUACACGUAACGAACAAUUUCCACAAAAAAUCCGACAACAAGCGCAACUUAUGCUUAAUUCUUUUCCUCGCUAUGCACGUCCAACUGCCGUCAAGAAUCGUUGCGUGGAAACAGGUCGAGGUCGUGGUGUAUUUCGAGAUUCAAGGCUAUGUCGUUAUCAAUUUAGGUUGAAAGCUUUAAAUGGAGAUAUUCCGAGAGUCAAGAAAGCUGUUUG